UUUUUUUGAUAUUCGAAAUCAGGCGUUUGGCAUGAAACAACACUAAAUUUACAGUUUGCUUUCGAAAAUAUGAAUAAUUUACGUAGCUUAAAAAUAUCAUCGCAAGUCAAGAGCUGUGCCAGGCUUGCACAGCCAAUCCUUUGGUACUCGAGUGAAAAUUCCGAAAGGAUCAAGAUGUCCGCUGAAUUGCUCAAGGAGAAGUUGCGUCAGAAGUUACGGCGCGAGACCAUGGUGCGCACGCCCUGCUAUUUAAGGCUGCGACGAUCCGAAUAUAAGUGUCUGGCCUAUCAAGAAAUAGUGCCAGAUCCCUGUCACCCGGAACCGUGCGCCGUACCUAUGGAUGUGAAGGGAUAUAAGCCGACGGACAAAUUAAAAAUAAAUUAUCAAAGGACUUGGUGCGAGUUCAAGCCGGCACCGAGACGUAAGCCAAAAGUGCGAAGAAUCUAUCCGGAACUUGAGCGUCGUAAUGCAAAAGCAUUCCGGGGUAAGCUCUGCACCGCUUGCGAGCCUGAAGAUUGUGAACUGCCGAAAAGCCCUCGAGCCCCGCCACCCAGACUUUUUCCGGUUAAAACACUGCCCUGGCCCUGCUGCAAGUUUCGUAGUGUCACAUGUCGAUCUAGCAAACCGGAUGGCAAAUGCUACCCUGGUCGCUUGCCCUCCUGCUGUGUGAAGCGCCAGACGCCGUAUCUCAGCUUUUCCGAGUGCAAGAAAUUUGAGCUGCCGCCACCAGUCACUGUCUGCGAAUGCGACCAGAAACCGAGCGUAUGUGAUAUGUGGCACUUUUAUCGGACUAAGCGUUAAUCCCACAUGUAGGGAGCUAACCCACGGAAACGCUUGUUAUUAUCCAUAUUGACAGGUCAAACUAAAUUACUUACUUUGGCCAAACAAAUUCAAAAUUUUUAAAAUAUAAUUUACUUGCCUAGCAACAACAUAAAAUCAAUUAUGACAAGUAUUUGAUCUCUACCGGGACUGCAAAUGUAUCAGAAGUCAGCUUCUCGGCUUUGUAAAUGAACAAUAUGCUUCCCCCAAAUUAUAUAAAAAUGUGAUCAGGCUUCACUCCAGAA